UUUUUACUCUGAUAUUCCUUCUCUUUCAGGAUCAGGAUUCAAAUAAUUUUGUGCUUCUUGUUCUCAGAUAAGCGGAGAGAAACAAAGUUUUGCCCUGAAUUGCAUCUUGCCAAACACCUGCAAACCAAUGUAAAGGAGGGACAUUGGUGCACCGAUAAAUCGCACAAAAACACUGUGCCUGGAAAAUGUUUUGUCCAACGGAUGAUGCUGACAGAUCACAAUAGUAUCUAUACUAUACAUGAGAUGUCUAGGAAAUGUUUUCCUUGGGAUUCACAUCCUGUGAACCACGAUCGUUUAGGCUCAGGAGAGAAACCACAUGAAUGCCAAGAGCAUGAAAAACAUUGUGCUCAGCGUUCUGAUAUUAUGAGACAACAGGCAGUUCACACAGGACAUAAACCAUGCAAAUGCCAGGACUGUGGGAAAAGUUUUGCUUUCAAUUCAUGCUUAGCAAGGCAUCAGAGGGUUCACACAGGAGAAAAACCAUACAAAUGCCAAGAGUGUGAGAAAUGUUUUGCUGAGCUUUGCAAUCUUCGAAAGCAUGAGAGAACUCACACAGGUGAGAAACCAUACAAAUGCCAGGAUUGUGAGAAACGUUUUCUCUAUAAUAUACAGCAUGUAUGUCAUAAAACAAUCCACACAAGGGAAAAACCAUAUAGAUGCAAGCAGUGUGGAAAAUGUUUUGUUCAGAAGUCACAACGAGUGAGACAUCAGGCAGUUCACACAGGAGAGACGCCAUUCAAGUGCCAUGAGUGUGGGAAAUGUUUUGCUCAAAAAGCAGUUCUAGAGAACCACCAGAGAAUCCACACAGGAGAGAAACCAUACACGUGUGUGCAGUGUGGAAAAUGUUUUAUUCAGAAAUCACAACUAGUGACACAUCAGGCAAUCCACACAGGUGAGAAGCCGUACAAAUGCAAGGAAUGUGGGAAAUGUUUUGUUCAGAAGUCACAACUAGUGACACAUCAGGUGGUCCACACAGGAGAGAAACCAUUCAGGUGUCAGGAAUGUGGGAAAUGUUUUGCUCGAAAGGCAAACUUUGUGAUCCACCAGAGAAUCCAUACAGGAGAGAAACCAUUUAGUUGUGAGCAGUGUGGAAAAUGUUUUGUUCAUAAAUCCCAGCUAGUGACACAUCAGGUACUCCACACGGGAAAGAAACCAUACAAGUGCAAAGAGUGCGAAAAAUGUUUUGCUCAGAUUUCAAACUUUCUUUACCAUCAAAAAGUCCACACAGGAGAGAAACCAUUCCAAUGUCUGGAAUGUGGGAAAUGCUUCAUUCGUAAAUCAGAAUUUGUCAGGCACCAGAAGGUGCAUACAGGAGAAAAACCAUACAAAUGCCAGGAGUGUGGGAAAUGUUUUGCUCAAAAAGCAGUUCUUGUAAGCCACGAGAGAAUCCAUACAGGGGAGAAACCAUACAAGUGCCAGGACUGUGGGAGCUGUUUUGCUCAAAAGACAAACUUUGUGAUCCAUCAGAGAAUCCACACAGGAGAGAAACCAUACAAAUGUACGGAAUGUGGAAAAUGUUUGGCUCAGAACUCACAACUAGUGACGCAUCACGUGAUUCACACAGGAGAGAAAUUAUACAAAUGUAAGGAAUGUGGGAAAUGUUUUGCUCAGAAUACAUGCCUCGUCAUCCACCAGAGAAUCCACACAGGAGAAAAACCCUAUGAAUGUCAGGAGUGUGGAAAACAUUUUCCUCGGAAAGCAGAAGUUGUCAGGCACCAGAAGGUUCACAAAGGACAGAAACCCUACAGAUGCCAGUUCGAUGUUUCACUCAGAAGUCAUACCUCGUGACGCUUUACAUAAUUUGCAUUGGGGGGGACUCUAUUAAUGCCAGCACAGCAGGAAACAUUUUUCCUUUGAGUCCACAAUUUAUUAUCCACCAGAUGCCCAGACAAAACAAACAAAAUUAGAAGUUAAAAAAUCGUGAUAGCUUAAAGAAUGCUAUGGUUGUGUAUCACAUUGAAUACCAUUAUAUAAUGGAACUAACCAUUGAAACUGGUAUUCCUAUUGUUAAUUAUUUGUGACAGUUGUUCUGUUGUUGUUUUGUUAAUCCCUUUCUCCCUCUAUGACUUUUGGUUUUGCUUCAUUCUAAUAUGUCUGAAGAAGUGAAUGUAUCCACAACAGCUUGAAAGGUGACUUUAAGGUAUUAAAGUUAGCCUUUAAGGUAGCACAACGUUAUUGUUUUCCAAUAUUUAUAUCUGGAUCUGGUUACACGGAUUAAUGUGGCUCUUUUGAAAAUUGCCCACAAGAGACUCCACACAGGCGUGAAACCAUACAAACGCCAAGAUUGCGGGUCCGUGUAGGGAAGAAAUAGUGAGAAGUUAGGAGGCACAAAGAAAUAUGUCACAGAUCCACCAUUCCAUGUAAAAUACCCAAAAUGUACCAUUUAUGUAACCCUUCAUCAUCUUAGAGCUGCAGAGCUGAAAGCGAUCAUAGAGUCCAGCCCCUGUCAGGGAGGCAUAGUGGGGGAAUCAAACUCUCAACGUCUGGUUCCGCAGCCAGAAACCUAAGCCACAGUCAAAUUGCAAUACAAGUGAAGUUCUGUUUUGAAGUUCUGUUUUUUACGUUAUUUAUGUUAACAUACCGAAUACAGAAGCAACAAUUUAAGUGGAUGUAUAAAAAAGAAGAAACAACAGCAAAAAGUGGGUACAUACACUGCACACACAUUUUACUCUCCUCACAGGUAAAUUGCUUUGCUACGAACAGCCUCAUGAUGCAGUGGUUAAACUGCAGCACUGCAGUGAAUACUCUGCCCAUGACCUGAGUUCAGUCCUUGGCCC